UAGACGUCAAAAUCAACGUCGAGCGUCAGCUUGAAAUUGCACCUGUCUCUUCUUUUGUCAUUUUUCUGUCACCGAAACGUGACCUUCUUGGCACAGGUCACUUCAGGGCCAUUAGCCAUAAAAAAAAACACUUGACCUUCUAAAUUGACAUUUGUCAAAAUAAAUUAAUAUCUCGGCAUAAAUUUAAUGGAGUAUUAAUUAAAUUAUAAAUUAGUCAUUGAAAAAAUUAAAAAUGGACCCAAUUAAUUUAAAUAAUUUGAGUAAUGAUGAGCUAACCAAAAUUCUCGAUUCAUUUGAUAACAUUCUCACUGAUUGUGAUGGGGUACUUUGGCAUCACAAUAAUCCGAUCGCCGGAGCUGCUGAGGUUAUGAGCGCCUUUGAUAGGCUAGGAAAAAAAGUAUUUUACAUAACAAACAACAGUACUAAAUCGUGCGAAGAAUUUAUUGAUAAAUUUCGUAGUUUAAAUUUUCCCGCAAAUGAUAAAAAUAUUUUGUGUACUUCAUAUUUGGUCGCAAGGUAUCUGAAGGAUAAAAAUUUUCAAAAAAAAGUUUACAUGAUUGGAUCUUCAGGAAUCGCUAAAGAACUUGACAAAGCCGGUAUCCCACAUGUUGGAUUAGGUAAAGAUCCAAUAACAUCAGAUGACGUAUCAUUACUCCUUAGUUACUUCAAACCAGACCCAGAAGUUGGUGCCGUCGUCGUAGGAUUCGAUUUACAUUUUAAUUAUCUCAAAAUUUUGAAAGCCGCAACUUUUUUAAAUAACAAAGAUGUCGAAUUUAUUGCAACCAAUACCGAUGAACAAUUUCCUGGAGACAAUAAUAUAAUAAUACCAGGUACCGGAAGUCUUGUAAAAUGUGUUGAGACUUGUGCGGAACGUAAACCAACAGUUAUGGGAAAACCAUCGACUUACAUAUCAGAAAUGUUGGCUAAAAAUUAUAAAAUAAAUCCCGAACGCACACUGAUGAUUGGUGAUCGUGCCAAUACCGACAUUUUACUUGGAAAACGAUGCAAUUACAAGACUCUGCUGGUGUUGACCGGCGUAAGUACCGCCGGGCAAAUGGAAAAAUGGAAAAAAUCAAGUGAUCCAAAUGACCACGAGUUGGUGCCGAGUUAUUACGCAAAUUCAAUCGGUGAUUUACUUCCUUGUUUGGAAAAUAAAUUAAAAAAUUAAGUAAAGUCAAAGACCUAAUACCUGAUCAGGGAACUAGUCUCCGAUCUCUUCAUGUAUUUGUAUAUCUAUGUAUAGUAAAAUUCAGUAUAUAUUGAUAUAUAAGUGAUGAGUGAUGAUGAUAAAUAAAUACAUGAGUGACCGAGUACUAGUUCCCUGAACGAUCCUGAAGUUAGCAGACAAUUAAAAAUUUUAUGAUUUUAUUUCGAACGAUUAAAUUUGAAUAAAAAAAAAACUGAAAAAAUGCA